UUGGCCAAAAAAACAGAUAAAAUUCCCCGUAUCGUGCACCCUGUACCGUGGGCAGUGACAAAUCGUUGCGCUUGGUGAUAAUAUUAUAAUCAGCUAACUGUGCGCCCUCCAACGAGUUCACACCCGCACACACUCUCGUAAUUUUCACUUACACCUGUCGCUACACACACACACACACACACUUAGACACACACACUCGCGCGAGUCAUUUGGCAAAUAUUUCUAGUGCAAAUUGAAUUUAAAUUGAAAACGCUUCUUGUUUCGCAAUGUCAGUGCUACUUAGUUCAUCGACUGAGCCGCGCGCACAACCGCGAACUAGUCCAAGUAAUAACAACAAACUGAUCAAAUGUUCAAGAGGAUGCACACGCUCUGCCUGCGCCUGUGCCUGCUGCUGCUGCCGCUGGUGGCACCUGCUCUGGCCGAUGUCAACGGCACGAUAUCGCCCAUCAUUGGCGUGCUGGCCCAAGAGAUCUACCAGGAUGGUUUAAUAUCCAAGCAUUUCAAUGCGACCAGCUACAUUGCCGCCUCGUAUGUCAAGUUCGUGGAGGGCGCCGGCGGUCGGGUGGUGCCCAUCGGAAUCGGACACAAUCGCAGCUACUACGAGGAGCUGCUGCAGAAGAUCAACGGUCUACUGCUGCCCGGCGGCGCAACCUUUUUUAAUGAGACGAAUGGCUAUGGAGAUGCCGGCGAGCAUUUGAUAGCGAUUGCCAGGGAGCUCAACGAUAAUGGCACCUACUUUCCCGUUUGGGGCACAUGUCUGGGAAUGGAACUGCUGGUGCUUAAAAUGGCCAAUGGCACGGAGACGCGCAGCGAUUGUCAGGCCAUUAACAUGGCCCUGCCCUUGGAGAUGAAGCAGGACUACAAUGAGAGUCGCCUGUUUGGCGGGGCCAGCGAGGAGAUCAUUUCGAAGCUGUCUCAGGAGAAUGUUACCUAUAACUAUCAUCGCUAUUGCUACACGGAGCUGAGCUUUUCGGUGCCAGCUCUGGUUAACUCUUGGCGCAUUAUGUCCCUAAAUCAUGACGUGAAUGGCAUUGAGUUUGUGUCCACCAUUGAGCACUUGAGCUAUCCAUUCUAUGGCGUACAGUUUCAUCCGGAGAAAGCGCUCUAUGAGUUUGUCAGCAAGGAUGUGCCGCACUCCUCAUCGGCCGUGCAGAGUGCACAGUAUUUUGCCGACUUUUUCAUCAACGAGGCGCGUCGGAAUCCGCAUAGCUAUGACAAUGCCACAGAUCAGGCGCUUUCCCUCAUCUAUAACUAUAAGCCUGAAUAUACUUCAGUGCUGGGCUCCGGCUAUGUGCAGCAAUAUCUGUUUGAGGAUCCGGAUAUAGCCGGUGACGACGAUGAUGAUGAUGGCCCUUAUCCCGUCUAUCCCAAUGACAAUGGCGACAACGGUGUCGCAUCGUGGUCUCUUGGAUUUGGCCUUGGUGUCGCAUUAGCUUUCAGAGUGUUCUUUGUGAUAAUGGCGCUUAGUUAAGAUUAAAAGUUUCUAGUUCUUAUUUGUGGUAUACAUGUGUAUGCAUAAAAUGUAUAUAUAAAUGAAGAAUAGCUUUUUUUUCAAAUUUAUUUUUAACUUCUUGUUUAUCAGUCAAAAAUAAACAAUAGCUUUUUUUUUCAAAUU